AUGAAAAUAAGUUGUUUUUUAUUCUUUUCAAUUUUUUUUUAUUUUGCUCAAAAUAUUACUUUGGAAUUGAAUAGGAAAUCUUCAAGAAAAAAUUCACUUGAUAUUAGUGAUGAAAACGAAAAAAAAAAAAAUAAGUGGCUUAACUUAGAUCCUGAAAUUAAUGGAAAUACAUGUGUAAUAUUUUCAGCAAAAGAAGGAGAUUUACAAAAUUGUUGGUGUCCAAGAGGAUAUAUAAUGUGUAAUGAAGAAGAUGUUACAGAUAUACAAGUAAAACUUAAUCAAAUAAAAAAUGAAAUGGAAAGAAAGAGAGCAACACCUUUAUGGAUGCAAAGAUUAUGUGAUAAUUCAAAAGAUAAAGGAUUUAAAAAUAUGUCUGUUGUAAUUGAUUAUGAAUUAGCUGUUAUAUGCAAAGAAGGAUCUGAUAAAGAACAUCCAGAUUUUGAAAUUAUAGGUGCUUCUGGUUAUAUUACAAAAGAAGAAAUGCAACAAAAAGAAAAAGAGAAUCCUCUAUAUGUACCAAGGAAGUGUACUGUUAACAGUUUUUAUUUAUGUAGAAAAGUAGAAAAUGAUAAUGUUAAUUGUAAAUAUUCUCCAUGGUCAGAAUGGGAUACUUGUAUAGAUAAAAAACAAAAAAGAAAUAGAAAAGUUUUAAGAUCCAAUCAAAAUAAUAAUAAUUUCUGUUUAUGGAAUAAUAAAAUAAUACCAAGAAAUAUAGUGGAAGAAAUUAAAUCUUGUGAAUAA